AUGGAGACGCCACCCACGAAUGCCCGCUCUGUGGCCCUCGCGCCAUCUUUCAAACGUCGCCGCAUCCCGCCACGCUUCUGCGAGGACGCACGCACACGCUCGCUGUCAUACGUCAACACGCACACGCGUGAAGGCCACAACAUGCAGCGCACACGUGCAGCUGACGCGUUGACGCCGUCGACUGGCGCAGACCGACCCGCCCCCGACUCGGCUCUCCAUGUUCUCAACGUGGUCGGCAGCAAAGAGGCCCGCUGGAAGCUCGGAGGGAUAAAACGGGCUCGCGCGGAGCGGCCCAGGACAUUUGGGAGCAGGAUGGCAGGAGGGACGUGGAGUUCGUACCUCAGCGGCAUCGCCCUCGGCCCGGUCCUCGUCCUCCUCGCGUUGUGCGGGCCCACGCUGCAAGGAGGUGUGAUCUUACCUGCUGGUGCUGGAGGAGCAGCUGGAACUGGCGCAGGUGCUGGAACUGGACUGGGUCAGGAUGGAGCAGGAAUUGGAUUCAGACCAGGUGGAGCAGGCACUGGAUUCGGUCCUGGUGGCGGAGGCUUCGGACAAGGUGGUGCAGGAGGACCAGGAGGGCUCCACCCCGGCACCUACAGUCCAGGCAGUGGUGGAGUGGGAGGUGUGCCUGGAGGUUUUGGGGCUGGUGUGAAGCCUCCUAAAACAGGAGGAGUGGCUGGAGGCUUUGGACCAGGACAAGCAACUGCGGGUGGAGGGCUGGUUCCAGGUGGACUUGGGUCAGAAGGUCUUGGAGGCUAUGGAACUGGACUCGGGGGACCCUUUGCCGCCGGUUUGGGUCAAGGAGGUGUGGUCGGAGCACUGGGAUCGCAAGGCGCCGGUUUGGGUCAAGGAGGUGUGGUCGGAGCACUGGGAUCGCAAGGCACCGGUCAAGGAAUUGGAACGGGCCUCGUACCUGGAGGUGGCUUUGGAGGAGGUUACGGCCAAGCCGGCAGUAGGCAGUACCCAGGACUUGGUGGAACUGGACCCAAACCUCCAAAAUCAGGUUACGGCCCAAGGGGGACAGGAUUCGGACCUGGUGGUGCAGGGGUCGGACCAGGGGGUGCUCAAGAUAGGCCUGAGAGAACCGGAUUUGGACCUGGGGGUGCUGGAUUUGGAGCUGGGGGUGGUGGGGAGUUGGCCCUGUGGGUGGUGGGGUUGGGCCUGGAGGUGCAGGAUUUGGUCCUGGGGCUGCAGGAGUUGGGGCUGGGGGUGCAGGAUUUGGCCCUGUGGGUGCUGGGGUUGGGCUCGGAGGUGCAGGAUUUGGUCCCGGGGCUGCAGGGAUUUGGACCUGGGGGUGCUGGAUUUGGGCCUGGGGGUGCAGGGCUUGGGCCUGGAGGUGCAGGAUUUGGACCAGGGAGUGCAGGAUUUGGGCCUGGGGGCGUAGGUGUCGGGUCUGGUGGAAAGAGUGGUGGCAAAGCAUCAAAACAACUUCCAGGUGUCGGGGUUCCUGGACUGUAUCAGGGUGGAUUUGUUCCAAGUCAAGAUUUUGGAAGCCGAGGUGUGGUCCCUGGAGUGCCCACUGGAACUGGACUUGGGCCUCAGACAGGUGGCGGGGUACUCGGCCAAGGAGCAGACAACGGUCGAGGACAGCAGCUGCCAGGGGUUUUUCGUGGUUAUCCUCUCAUAUCACCAAAGUCAGGAACAGGGAAGUCGAAAGGUCCAGCCAAAGCAGCAGCCAAGUAUGGUGGAGCUGGAGCAGGCGCUCUUGGUCAAGGUGGUGUUGGACUGCCUGGAGGAGGAGCAGGUCUCCCUGGAUUUGGAGGUGGAGCCGGAACAAUAGGUGGACCUGGAGCUGUUCCUGGAUUUGUAGGAGGAGCUGGAACAGCCGGCGGACCAGGAGCUGUUCCCGGAUAUGGGGGUGGAGCUGGAACAGCCGGUGGACUAGGAGCUGUUCCUGGAUAUGGCGGUGGACCAGGAGCUGUUCCUGGAUAUGGCGGUGGAGCUGGAACAGGUUACGGUCCUGGCUCAGGCAAAGCACUCAAAUACGGUCAGCCUGGCGGUGUCGGCACUGGCGCAACUGGAGGCCUUGGUGGACCGGGAGGAAGAGCUGGCGUUGGCACAGGUGGCCGUGGAUAUGGUCCAGGUGGUGCCGGAUAUGGUCCAGGUGGUGCCGGAUAUGGCCCAGGCUCUACUGGAACUGGGUUAGGUGGUCCUGGCAGUGGACCUGUUGGAGGAGGGUAUGGGCCAGGUAGUACUGGUAUUGGACCAGGAAGAGGUGGGACAGGACUAGGAGGAACUGGAACAGGAUCUGGGGGAUACGAUGCCAAUGCCAAAGCCCGUAAAUAUGGCAUGUUCAGUGGAGCACUGGGCAGUCAAGGAAUAAGUACUGGAGGACUUGUACCGGGUAGUGCUGCCACAGGAUAUGGACCAGGAGGAGUUGGACCUGGUGGUGCUGCAGCAGGGUUUGGUCCAGGAGGAGUCAGACCUAGUGGUGCAGGUAAAAGUUACGGACCAGGAGGCGCAAUUGGACCUGAAGGCGGUGGUACAGGUUUUGGACCAGGAAGAGGAAUUGUGCCUAAUGGAGUGGGUACUGGCUAUGGACCAGGGGCAGGAGUUGGGCCAGGAGCUGCUGGCACUGGAUUUGGACCAGGGGCAGGAGUUGGGCCUGGAAGUACUGGAUAUGGACCAGGAGGUUAUGCUGGUGCCAAAGCCCGCAAAUAUGGAGGACUCGGUGUUGGAACAGGCCUUGGAGCAGGAGGAUUCCAAGGACGAGGUGCUGGAGAAGCAGUUGGACGAGCCGGUGCAGGACUAGGGGCAAGUGGACAGCCUGGUUCUGGUGUUGGAACUGGGGGACAACCUGGUGGUUUUGGACCAAGCGGUGCCGGAGGUCUUCUUGGUGGUGGAGGAGGUCCUGGGUCAGGCGGAGAUGGAAGACAAGGGGGAGCACUAGGGACUGGUGGAACUGGAUAUGGACCUGGUGGUUACAGCCCUGGGGUAGCCCCUGGAACCGGUUUUGGACCAGGGGGAGGCUACGGUGCAGGGACAGGGACUGGAUAUGGACCAGGUUAUGGAGCUGGCUCAAAAGCUGCCAAAUUUGGUCAAGGUGGAGGACUUGGAGCAGGAACCGGACAAGGCGGAGUCGGUGGUGGGGUACUUGGAGGCGGAGCCGGACAAGAUGGAGUUGGCGGUGGGGUCCUUGGAGUAGGAACCGGACAAGGCGGAGUCGGUGGUGGGGUACUUGGAGGCGGAGCCGGACAAGAUGGAGUUGGCGGUGGGGUCCUUGGAGUAGGAACCGGACAAGGCAGAGUCGGUGGUGGGGUACUUGGAGGCGGAGCCGGACGCGGUGGCGUUGGUGUCCUUGGAGUAGGUACCGGACAAGGUGGAGUCGGUGGUGAGCUACUUGGAGGCGGUGUCGGACAAGGUGGUUAUGGUACUGCUGGAUCCAAGGCAGACAAAUAUGGACCAGGAAGUGGCACUGGUGCUCCAGUCAAUGGCACCGGUGUCUACAUGAACGGAACCAGCACAGGUGGUACUGCUCGCACAACAACUGGACCCGGCGGUCGAGGCGUUGCACGCGGAACACUGGCCCCACUAGCAGAAGGGGGAACUCGCACUGAUGUCGGACAGGACGGAAAAGACUUUGAUGGAGGUGAGGAUGGUCCGGGCGGUGUGAUAGAGGGCUCUGGCAUUGCUGCAGGAGAAGGAGUCAGCGGGAGGGUCGGUGGGAGACCAUUUGGUGCAGGAGGUGAUGGAGAUGGUCUGAGAGGGACCGAAAUUCCUAUCCUUGGAGGAAGACCAGGAUCCACAGGAGCUGCACCCGCUGGAAGAGGACCUGUCCACCCAACUGGGGCAAGUGGAGUCCUACCAGGUGCCAAACCUCUCAAACCACCAGGAGUCCCGAGAGGCGAUACACCUGGUGAAGUAGAGGAAGAAGCACGUCCUGAUGGAGGGACAGAUGGCCGACGUAGGACAGGAGGAAGACGGACGGGAGUAGAAGGUGGUCCAACCAGUGCAGGACCAGUAGGAAGGGUUGGAGCAGGAGGAACGGCUCCAGCAGUAGGGGCAACACCAAAACCAUCCAAAGCAUACAAUCCGGAUGGCACUAAAGGUGGAGCUUUACCUGGUGGCGCAGGAGGUAGUCCCGGGGUAGUUGGAGGAGGUCCAGGAGGAUUUGGAACGGGACCUACGAUAAUUGGAGGAGGUACAGGAGGAGUUGGGACCGGACCUGGUGUUGUUGGAGGAGGUCCAGGAGGAGUCGGGACUGGACUUGGCGGAAUUGGGAGCGGGACUGGCGUAUUUGGAGGAGGUCCAGGAGGAGUCGGGACCGGGUCUGGCGGAGUAGGAACAGGUCUCGCAAAACCUGGAAAAAGUUAUGUUGCUGGUGGAGCUAGAGUUUUACCAGUUGGUGGAAUGCCAAGUCUAGGCUUCCCGAAUGGAGCUGGUGUAGGACAAGGAGGAAAACCAGCAUAUGGGAAUUUCGGAGCAGGAAGCCAAGGUGGGGUUGGACCUGGUGGCUAUGGUGGUCCUGGAGGUGUUAGUGCUGUUCCAAGAGUUGGGGCUGGGACAGGUGUCGUUGGAGGAGGUCAAGGAGGAUUUGGGACUGGAAUUGGUGGAAUUGGUGGAAUUGGAGGAGGUCCAACCGGAGUCGGGACCGGGACAGGUGUAUUUGGAGGAGGUCCGGAAGGAGUCAGGACUGGGCCUGGCGGUGUAGGAACAGGUCUCACGAAACCUGGAAAAAGUUAUGGUGCUGGUGGAACUGGCGUUUUACCAGGUGGAGCAUAUGGGAAUUUCGGUCAAGUAAGCCGAGGUGGGAGUGGACCUGGUGGUCCAGGAGGUGUUGGUCCUGGUCCAGGAGGAGUUGGGACAGGAACAGGUGUAAUUGGAGGAGGUCAAAGACGAUUUGGGACUGGCCCUGGUGCAGUCGGAGGAGGUCCAGGAGGAGUCGGAACCGGUCCUGGUGGCAUGGUGCCUGGUGGAGUGGGAACAGGUCUCACAAAACCUGGAAAAAGUUACGGUGCUGGUGGAGGUGGAGUUUUACCAUUUAGAGGUCUGCGCUUCCCGAAUGGAGCUGGUGUAGGACAAGGAGAAAAACCAGCAUAUAGGACUUUCGGUGCAGGAGGCCAAGGUGGGGUUAGGCCUGGUGGCUAUGGUGGUGUUGGUGCCGAUCCUGGAGGUGUUGGUGCUGGUCCUGGAAGCUAUGGUACUGGGCUUGGAGGUUAUGGUGGUGGACCUGGAAGCUAUGGUGCUAAGACAGGAGGCAGGGGUGAGGGAGGUAGUCCCGGUGGAACUGGGACCUUUGGAGUUGGAGCUGCUGGAGCUGGUCUUGGGGGUUUGGGAGGAGGACCAGGUUAUGGUGGUGGUGGUGCCGGUGGACUGGGGGGAUAUGGUGGUAAGAUAAUAUUUCUGAAAACAAGUUUCUAUGUCUUAAGUAAAAGUUAUAUUGAUAUACUAUGUUCUUAUUCAGGUUCAAGGUAUGGAGCUACAAAGCCAUCAAAAAGCUAUGGGGCAGGAAGUGGCGGUAACAACCUUGGGCCUGGUGGCUAUGGAACUGGAGCAGGUGGAGCCAGUUCCCGUUCAGGAGAUUUCGGACCGGGUGGCACCAGGCCUGGAGUAUAUGGGCCUGGCACGGCAGGAGCAAGUUUGGGUGGUGUUGGAACUUGGACAGGUGGUUAUGGACCAGGUGGUGGUGCCACAGGACCUGGAAGCUAUGGGACUGGUGGAACAGGUCAAGGACUGGACAUGAGGAAGGCCCCUAAAUCUGGCUAUGGAUCGCCCUCGCUGGGAGUAGCUGGCUAUGGCACUGGUGGCUUUGGACCAGGCGUUUCUGGCACAGGAACAGGUGGAUUUGGACCAAGUGGUGGCUUCAGACCGGAUGCUGCUGGCACAAGAACAGGUGGCAAUGGUCUCGGCGGUGAUGGCACGGGAACUGGUGGGUUUGCACCUGGAGGUGGUUUCAGACAAGGUGGUGCUGGCAAAGAAGGCUUAGUACCAGGCAGUGCUGGCACAGGAACAGGUGGCUUUGGACCUGUUGGUAGUUUUGGACCAGGUGGUACAGGCACUGGAACAGGUGUAGUCCUACCAGGCGGUGCUACCAUGGGCACGGGAGGCUUCACACCAGGUGCUCCUGGCACGGGAGCUGGCAGAUUUGGACCAGGAGGUGCUGGAACAGGUGGCUUUGGUCCAGGUGGUGUGGGCAGAGGAACAGGUGGUUUUGGACCCGGUGGAGGCGGCGCAGGAGCAGGUGGCUUCGGUCCAGGAGGUGCCGGCCCAGGAGCAGGUGGUUUCGGACCAGGUGGCCAAACAUUCGGCAAAAGAAAAGCCCUGACACCAGGGGGUGCUGUUUCCAAUGGAGUCGAACCUGGUGUCUAUGGCCCAGGGGGAUACGGCCCAGGGGCAACAGGGACGGGCUCUUUCGGCUACGGCCCAGGGGGUGCCGGACUUGGAGGCUAUGGUCCAGGAGGGGUUGGAAGCGAACCGGCAGCAAGUGGCUCUGUUGGAUAUGGACCUGGUGGACAAGUGAUUGGAGCAAGGAAACCUGCUAAAUCAGGUUACGGAUCAUCCUUAGGAGGAGCGGGCUACGGACCAGCAGGCGGUGCUGUCCGGGGUCUCGCAGGUGCAGGAAUCGGGGGACUCAACGGAGGGGGUCAAGCAGGGGGUGCUAUGAACAGAUUUGGUGGACCAACUGCUGGAGGUUAUCCUGGAUACACGGGUGCCGGACAAAAAUCGAGCGCGCAGAAGGCGGCCAAGUACGCAGCCAUGCAGAACUUCUUGGGAGGCGGAGCCUACAGAGGCGGCUGUCAGGGUAAAUACUGCGGCCGGAGGAGGAAGUGAGAGCGCGGCAGACAGGACGUGACCUCAUUGCGACGACAGCGGCGCUACAUCGAUCCCAGACUCGACACGUCCUACCUUCCGUCGGAGCUUCGGCACAUCCGGCAGACGUCGGCGGUUUCCUCAAGCCAGACAAAAUACUCAUUUAGAGAAACGUUGAGAAGCACUGAAGCCAAGAAGAAAUAUUUCUGUCUGUAACACGUAUGCGUACGUGCACACUGCUGAUGUCGCUGUGAACCUCGGCCAAGGAAAUGCCUUGGAGGAGGUCAUCGUGCUGAAGACUCAUCUUACCUUUGACACUGCUGGUGAGGAUGUGAGCUGAACAUUUUACACAUAAACAACACACAGUAAAUGUGAGGUAAUACUAUUCCAUACAUACAACACCUGGUAAAUCUAAGAUAAUAAUAUACAUUGCAUUCAACACACUCUGAGGUAAUCAUGUACAGUAACAUUCGAGAACACCACAGGAGCCAUCAUGAGAGUGUGCGCGCGCGCGCGUGUGUGUUUUCAGUCGACUGUGCAUCGAUGUUAGUGUGUAUUAGUCUUAAGUUAUAGUGACAAAGAGCAGGAGAACAUUCUGGAACUUUUGCUUCCUCCAAUGCUGAUGUUGUUUUUUGGGGGGGAAUAAGAAUGGUGCAUCUUGCGUCACGACUUCAUCAUGUAGCUUUUUGUUUUGUUCUGUCGAAACAUUGUCAUGUUCAGUGCCAGCAAAAUGGUGCGCUUUUGUAUGCGGCGCUUUCCAAUUAAACUAUCGACUC